AUGGCAUCCUCGGUUUUCUACAGGUUCAAGUCGCAAAAAAAUGAUUCCCGAGUGACCUUUGACGGCACCGGCAUCUCCGUGUUUGACCUGAAGAAAGAGAUCAUCCUCGCCAACAACCUGGGCAAGGCGAACGACAUUGACAUUGCCGUCUCGGAUGCUUCCACAGGGCAAGAGCUCAAGGACGACGCGCACGUCGUUGCCCGGUCCUCGUCUGUGAUUGUGAGGCGAGUGCCUGCUCCCAGAAAUGGAAGAGGUGGUGCUGCUCGAUACUUGGCCGGUCUAGCUCCUGCUGGAGGUGCUGACGCGGGGUCAAAACCGGGCGCGCCUGCGCCGAUGCCGUGGCAGAACCGAGGUUCAAUGUCGAAGCGCUUCGAUGGGAAGGAGGAUCAUCCUCCCGUACAGAAACAAGCACCUGCCCCGGUCGUCAACAACGUGACGGAUUCGGACGAAGCCGCCGCCAUGGCUGCCAUGUUCCAAGCACAAACGGCCAGCUGGGAGGAGACCCAGGAAAAAAUGUCUCAGUUGGUGUCGCGCCCUUCCUGGCGUCCUGUUUUUGCUACAUAUAUCCACCGAAACCCGCGCGGUGGCGGCCCGUCCGAGCGGGGAGGCAGGAACUCAUUCAACCAGCGUCAUCAGCCUGACCGACCCCUGCCCCCGAGCUACGUGUGUUACCGUUGCGGGCAGAAAGGUCAUUGGAUACAAGACUGUCCUACGAACAACGAUAAAGACUACGACCAUCGACCGCGAAUCAAGCGAACGACUGGUAUUCCUCGUAGCUUCCUGAAGACCGUCGAGAACCCCAAUGACGGGCAACAUACGCAAGGAGUCAUGGUCACCCCCGAAGGAGGUUACGUCGUCGCACAACCAGAUAUCGCGUCGUGGCAAAAGCAAGUUGCGAAACCGAAGGCUUUGACAGAGGCCGAGAUUCGCGAGCGGACGCCAACGGACCCGGCGGUCACCUGCUCCAUAGACAACAAACUGUUCAAGGACGCUGUUAAGACACCCUGUUGUGGCACCACUUUCUGCGAGGAAUGUAUCCAGACUCACCUCCUUGAACGUGACUUCAUCUGUCCCAGCUGCGGGAAGAAGAUCCAAUCGCUCGAUAAGCUGAUACCAGACAAGCCGACAAGGACGAAGGUUGGGGAGUACAUUCAUAAAGCGAUCGAAGACAGCAAACGGGAGGACGGCGAGCCGCAAUCCUCUAACGCAGGAAAGAGCGCCGCUACUGGCGACACGAACACGGCCAAUGCGGAUAACGCACCGCAAGAAGGCGAUAUCUACGCCCAGCAGACGGACGAGCCGGACAUGCCGCAGAUUAUCGUGGACAGCAUUCCGGGUCUGCAGGCGCAGCUGCACCAGCUCUCGACCAUGCUUCAGAACCCGGCGCUCCCGCACCCGGUCAGGCAGACGACGGAGAUGCAGUACAACCAAUUGCAGAUGCAGCUCCAGCAGGCGCAGACGAUCGCGGCCGCGCUGGAGGUGAACAAGGCGGCGGCUGCGGCGAGCUUCGCGAGUAUGCAGCAGCAGAUGCAACAGCAGAUGCAGCCGAUGAUGCAACCGUGGGCGGCGGCGGCGUACGCGAGCCAGCAGGCGGUCGCGCAAGACUCGCCGUAUCAGCGCUUGCCGGUGAACAACCGAAGGAGGAACCUGAAGAGGGAGAGGCCGAGCGACUUCGUGGAGGUCGCGGGAAGCGAGGGCGACCCCAAGCAAGCGAGGUACUGGGAGUGA